AUGCUACUCCCCAUGCUUGUAUCCACCUCAGGUUCGCCCUAUCUUGGGAAUGUCCCCACAAUGGCAGUUCGGGACACCAUAGAAAUUAUCGACGGAGUGCACUCUGGCACAACCCGCUUGUCACUGAAAACGCAGUUGGAGCGCUUCGGGGACAUUGACAUUUGCCACAAGAUCGGAGACCCUCGGGAGGAUACGCCCUGGGUACGGUUUCGUGCAGGGCUUACAUGGGCUUUGAGUCAAUUGAGCUUUUCAAAGGGGAGCGUUGCAAACGCCAGUGAAAUCCAAUGA